ACGCAACCAGCCGGAUCUCGUGGGGCAAUCCAUCCAUCCAUUCAUUCCUCCAUCCACCGACACUAAGGCAUUCAAACUUUGUUGCUGUCUGCCCUACCUUUCGUUUUGUUUUAUCUUUUCUCUUUUUUGUUUGUCAUCUUGCAGUGGGACCCUUCCCCCCCACGUUACGCACUCUCUCUCCGACCGCUUGGCAAUUCGCUCUCCCGCUUUAUUGUAUCGCUGCCCGGGUCCGCGGCAUCUCCCGCCCAUCACCCUCUCCGGCAGGCAUCCUCGUCCGACGUCAUCCUGCCCAUCCAGCCAUGCUCGCCCGCCAUGCCUCCCACCCACGCCAGACGCUCGUGGCGGCUUUCGUCGCCUGGAAGGUCCUCCUGCUGGCCGUCGCCCUGGGCAGCGCCGUGGCCCCGUCCUACGACACCUCGACGACGCUGAUGCUCCGGCGCAACGAGUCGGACCUCUCCAUCAUCACCCGCCUGACGCGCUGGGACGCCUUGUACUUCACCCAGUCCGCCCGCCGCGGCUACCUUUUCGAGCAGGAAUGGGCCUUCAAUGCCGGACUACCCUUCAUAGUGUCGGUCCUCGUCAAGGCUGCGCACCUGCUCGGCGCCGAGGGCGAUGGUACCGGCGCCCUGGAAGCGGCCUUCGGCAUCGUCGUCGCCCACGCUGCACAUCUCUUUGCGGUACUCAUGCUCCACGAGCUGACGCUAAAGCUCUUCUCCCGUCGCCCAUUGGCCUUCCUCUCUGCCCUGCUUCACAUCCUCUCCCCGGCGGGUCUCUUCCUCUCGGCACCCUACGCCGAGAGUCUCUGCGCGUUCUUCUCCUUCGCCGGCUAUUACGUCCUCGCCUCCAUCUCGGCCCUUCCCAAGGGCUCUCUUUCGUGGACCGGGGGCCAAAUCCUCGCCGGCGCCAUCUUUGGUCUCGCCACGGCUUCUCGCUCCAACGGGCUCCUGAACGGCCUGCCCUUUGCCAUCGAGUGCCUAAUGAUCCUGCCCCCGCUCCUUGCCAGCCCUACGGACCUCAAGACCUUUGCGGCUCUGUUUGGCCCCGUCGCCGGCGGGCUCCUCGUGGCAACCGGGUCCGUCGUGCCCCAAGCGCUGGCAUGGCUGCGAUACUGUUCCGGCGCAUCCGAGCCGCGCGCAUGGUGCGCCCGGGCCGUGCCCAGCAUCUACUCUUUUGUACAGGAACAUUACUGGGGAGUGGGCUUGUUCCGCUAUUGGACGCCAUCAAACGUUCCUCUGUUUAUCCUCGCCGCCCCGGUGCUAGGAUUGCUAAUCGUUUCCGGCUGGGAUGUCAUGAGCAGGCCUUCGGGGUUGGCGCGGAGUCCGACGGCGGAGGGGCAGGCGGCGCCGCGGAAUGGCGCGACGUCGCCGCUGGUCUUCUCCAUGGCGACGAUCCAGGUCCUGCUCGCCGUCUUAGCCAUCACGACGUACCAUGUGCAAAUCAUCACGAGGAUCGCGUCCGGGUACGCCGUGUGGUACUGGUGGGUUGCUGGGUGUCUGCUGGACGACGGCGCCGACGGCAAGCGCCGGGAUUUGGGCAACAAGAUUGUGACCUUUUCGGUCAUGUAUGCUGCGAUCCAGGGUGUGUUGUUUGCGUCGUUUCUCCCGCCUGCUUGAGAUACCCGGGCCCUACCGCUGCGGCGCAUGGGUCCCUGCUCAUCAUACCUACCUACAGUACCAAAUAAACUUUUCUUCUUCUUCUUUUUCUUCUUUUUAGUAUCAUUAGUAAU